GCCUUCGCCUGCCCGUGGAUCGGGGCGGACGUCUUCGUCGGGCAGGCCGGUUGGCAGGCGGAUGCGCAGGCCUCUAGCGAGGCAUGCGCCGAGCUGUCCAAGGCUUGGCGUGCGCCGCCACCGCCACGAAUUUUCAGGACGCCUUCGCCGAAGGAGCAGCGCCGCGCCGGCAGCCCACCCUGCACUCC